AUGCGCUGGAUAGCCCCUCUGAAUCUCAUGCUCGAUUACCGCAUUAAACGAAUUGAGAAUUUGGUUUUACAAUGUAACGGAGAGCCAAACUUUCUUGCCGCACGCUUCGACCCACCUACACCAGCGAGAGCACUUGUUGAACCCGGAAACUCUAUAUCUGUGCAAUUUCUAUUAGUCAAAUCACGGAACAAGAAAGUCACUUCGCUGGCAGUUAACGGAAAUGCUGUCAGGAGGAGCGAACUCGACUCUCCGACAAUUACAAACAGAGGCGAAGGCUUCAUGUCCCAACCUCCUGAUACCAAAGGCCUCGAAGGAGACGAAAGAAAGCCGAAUUACAAGAGUUGUCAGGAGAACGCCCAGGUUUGGGGCCUCUACCUCAAAGAGGCGAAUCUCGAGGAUCAAGAACUGACGGCAAUAUGGAAUAAUGGGUUGGAUUCUCUUCUGAUAUUUGCCGGUUUGUUUGCGAGCAUCAUCACUUCCUUUCUCAUAGAAUCGAGUGGGGGCCUCAAAGAAGAUCCACAAGAACGGCUGCUUCAAGACAUUCGCAGUAUUUUAAUCAACGAACCCGUCUCGCCCACGUCCAACUUUCAACCUGAUCCCUCCUCGCUUCACGUCAAUGCCUUAUGGUACUGCAGCUUCACGCUCACGCUCAUCAGCGCGUUGAGUGGCGUACUAGCCAAGGGUUGGAUUGCCUACUACAAUCCUGCUUCACGACGUGAGCGUGCAAGUGAUGCAUGUGAGCGUCAUCUUCGCGCCACACGAGCUCAACUGUGGAAACUUGGCCCUGUUAUCAACAUCAUCCCAUUACUGAUCCAACUAUCGCUAAUACUGUUCUUCGUUGGACUCAUCAUUCAAAUAUGGGAUAACGAUGUCCGCAUCUGGGUCAUAACCUUUCCCUUCCAAACACCGAUUACUGGUAUUCUCGAGGGUUCGUUACAGGCGAGGCGAUCUCGACGGAAGCCACGAGCCACCAACCUGCCUCAGCUUCAGAGGUGGUCUUCAUGGAAAAACUCGAUCACAUCAUUCAUAAACGCUGGACUUGCAAAGCCGAAGCAAACGGAGAUGGAGGCGCAUAUCCUCGCGUGGACGAUCGCCAACUCAACCGAAGAUCAGACGGUCGACGAGGCAAUUAUGGCUAUCGGAAGCGCAAAACCUAACGAAGAUUUGAGGCGGAAGAAACUAGAAAACGCGCUCAUUGCACUGCUACAAUUGGAGCAACCGCUCUUCAUUGACAUGAAUACAAGUGGACUGGCUGAAAGCGGGCAGCUCGAUCAGCCUUUCCUGUAUCUGUUGCAUGACGGUCAACCAUUGCAUCGUUGGGAUGAUUUCAAACCAUUUUUACAACCACUCGUGUUUAGCCUUCGCAUUCAUAUUCUAGUAUCAAGUAAGCAAGACGAUCACAUGGAAAGUUGGGAACAAACAAAGGCAAAGCUCCAUCAGAUGGCCAAAAACGGGUGGAUGCCUUAUGUAUGGGAGGUCAUGCUACUGGCAGCGCUUCGAGGAUUUCUACAUGGUGGAGAAAUGGUCCAUAGAUCGUGUGGGAUAUUAAUUGCAGAUUUCCUCUCAACUGGUAAGCACGGCGAGACACAGGUGGAUAACGAAACUCCCUACUACUGUGCAGCUCGGAUGCUAGUCAAAGAAUUGACUGAACUA